CUCUGUGGUGACGCUUUGUUUUAUUUUUCACAUGGAAAAUGGCGGCUUGCAGCCCAAAUCGCGCUCCGGAUAGGGUAGAGGUAGGACAACUUACCGAAGCCGAACGGGAGAAUGAUCCCUGGGCAGCACUCGGGCCAGUCGUGAAGAGGGAUCCGGUGAUAAAGCUACUGAGUCCGGUCAGCGGCCUGGAGCCGCUCACGUGGUCUGAGGACCACCGAAUCUCGGCCUCUAGCACAAGUGGUAUUUCUUUGAUGGAGGUAGUGUGCGAUGUUCACGGCAAUAAGCAAGACUUGGUGCUGCACCGGACCUCCAUUCCCGUGCCGGACCAAGUCUGUGAACUCAAGGUAGGUCCAGCAGAAGAGCUGUUGAGGGCCAAAGACAAGUUCUCCAGCUCCAGUGACCCAGCGAUGAGCCAGUCCUUCAUGCUGGACAGAGUGCUCAAUCCCACCGUGGGCAUCCACAAGGGCAUCCUGUACACCAGCUGGUCCCCCCUGGGCUGUGACGUCAAUGGCCGGUGCCUCCUAGCCUCCCUCACCCUGGACCACCGGCUGACCGUCCACAGCAGCACCAAGCGUCUACAGUGGACUGUGGUGGCUGACCUGACCCAGCUGUAUGGAGAGAGCCUGGAGAGCAGAGGCUACUCCGUGCAGGGUGGGCAGCCCCCCAAGGCUAACCUCCUGGACCUGGCUGAGCUUCAGAGGCGCUACCGCAUGCAGACCCCUGUACGGAUGGAGUGGUCCAGUGUGUGCACCACGCAGCACGUCCAGACCAACAACGAGUGUAAAGACGUGGGAACGGUGCUGCUGGCCGUGCUGAUGGAGAACGGAGACCUGGUGGUGUGGCAGUUCUGCCUGCCCAUGCUGGGGAAGGACUCUGUGUUGUCCUGUAACACCAUCCAGUCUGGGGUGUUGUCCCCCAGCGUGCUGGCUUGGUGGGAGUACGAGCACAGCGGGCGCAAGAUGAGCGGCCUGAUCGUGGGCAGCAAGUUAGGGCCCGUCAAGAUCCUGCCUGUCAACCUGAAGGCGGUGAAGGGCUACUUCACCCUGCGCCAGCCAGUGGUCCUCUGGCAGGAGUCAGACCAGAUCCCUGUACACAACAUCAAGUGUAUCUCCCUGUUCCACCCCAAACAGAACUGUAACUGUAGCCUGGUGGUGGCGGCCAGGGGCUCCUACCUCUUCUGGUGCCUGCUGCUCAUCUCCAAGGCGGGCCUCAACGUGCACAACUCACACGUCACUGGCCUGCACUCCACCCCCAUCGUCUCCAUGACAGCCAGCCGCCAGGGCAGCUCCAUCUACACCUGUUCCAUGGACGGGACGGUCAAGAAGCUUACGCCCAUCUUUACCGAUAUGGCCGUGGCCUUUAAGCAGGAGGAGAUCGUGCUGCCAGAGGGUAUGGCAGGUCGGAGGAUGCACGGCAUCGCGGUCAGCCCCCACGGGGCGUACCUGGCCCUGGUCAGUACUGAGGGGAUGACCAACGGUCAGCACCCGGUCUCUAGGCCCUACCAGGUCCAGUUUGUGACCCUGAAGACGCCCAAUGACGCGGCGGCAGAGUUGCUGGAGUCCCCGGUCCAGAGCCUGUUCAAACAGACUGAUCUGCUGGACCUGGUGCGCUGGAGGGUGCUGAGGGACAAACGCAUCCCGGCCCUGCUGCAGGAGGAGUUGGACGACAAGGUACACAACACAGGCUCCCCCUACUUGUGGAGGUUAAAACUCUUCCUUGUGCGGGUGCUCUACCAGUCCCUGCAGAAGGCCCCUGUGGAGGCACGCUGGCGCCCCACACACGAGGAUUCCAAGGUGUUUGUGAAGGACGAGGAGGGGGGCGUCACGGGAGAGGGUGGAGGAGGGGAAGAGGUGGUGUCGAAGCUGCAGGACCCAGAGGCCCGGGCGUUGGAGGAGCAGACGGGGGAGGUGAUAGCUUGGAUCGAGGCGGUGGAGGCCCACCUGACCAGGGAGCACAUGAAGAGGGUUCUGGGGGAGGUGUACCUUCACACCUGGAUCACUGAGAACACCAGCAUCCCCACGCGGGGUGUCUGUGACUUCCUCACUAGCGACCCCACGUAUGAGGACAGGGCUGCCCAGGUCCUGAUAGGUCACAUCCAGAAGAAGAUGAACAAGCAGACAUUCCCUGAGUACUGUAGUCUGUGUAAGGAGGUGCUGCCCUUCACAGACCGCAAGCAGGCUGUCUGCUCCAACGGACAUAUGUGGCUCAGGUGUGUGUUGUCCUACCAGGCGUGCCAGACACUCGCGUACAGACGCUGCCUGCUGCAGGAUAGCAUCGCCAGACUGCCAGUGCCUGAGGGGCAGGUAUUAACUGGCAGCUCACUCUCAUCCUGCUCUCUGAUCAGCAUAUCUUCUUAUACAGCAUUGACACAAUAUAAGAAAGUACUUGAGAAUGUACUUACAUUUUUCUCAGGCUUAGUUUUUACUAGUUGUCAGACUGUCAGCAUAUAUGAUUUUAAAUAAGCCUAACAUUGCUGAGUGAUCAAUCUGUUGUCUGUUUACUGCUCAAAUAGUGGAGCAGGUGAUUUGUGAUUGAACAGAUGAAUCUGAUAAAAUACUCAAUGUUAGCUUAAUUAUUUAGUGUGCCCCCUCCCCUGUGUCCCUCCACCCUCCUCACUGCAGACCCAGACUGGAUCAAGAGGAUACUGCAGGGUCCUUGUACAUUCUGUGACUCUCCUCUCCUCUAGGACUAUAGGACAGGCUUGUGGAGAGCCAGGGUUACAUUGCCUGCAACACUUGUGCGCCUGCUUGGACUAGAUGGACAAUUUUCCUUAUUUUUACUUGUUACUUAUUGCCAAGCAUUAUUUAUUUGUUUAAAUGAAUUAUACCACAACCUUUUAAUUUAAAAAAAUAAAGGUUUUGAAUAUACAUUUGAAA